CGUCGGACGUGCUGCGAAUCCGCAGUGCAGUCUGGGAGCUGUCAGCCCCCCUGCCUUUGAACCUCUGAUGAUGAGCUCAUGGUUUUAUUUGUACAUAGCGAGAUGAAGCACACCGGAAAUAUGUAGCAUGUACUCCGCCACUGUCUGCGAGCGACGCCCGAUUGCCAAAAGAUUAAAGCGAGUGACAAAGAUGCCGGGCCCUUCAUCUCCAUUCUUUUAGCAACCUGCUAGCAACCGUUAGCGUCAGCCCAUUUACUCCUCAAACCGCGCUCGUGUUUGAAUGACACCUUUCGGCCUUUAAGAUACGACGGUGUGAUGUGAGGAUAGCACAAUAACCACCAGGAGAAUGAAUGCAGAGGAAGUGGAGCUGCUCGGUGACUCCAAGUACAGGAACUAUGUGGCAGCGGUGGAUAAAGCCCUUAAGAGCUUUGAGUACUCUAGUGAGUGGGCAGACCUCAUCUCGGCUCUUGGCAAGCUCAACAAGGUUUUGCAGAACAAUGCAAAAUACCAGGUGGUCCCCAAGAAGCUGACAAUAGGCAAAAGGCUGGCCCAGUGCCUCCAUCCUGCCCUGCCCAGUGGAGUCCACCGAAAGGCCUUGGAGACCUAUGAGAUCAUCUUUAAGAUCAUUGGUCCCAAGAGGCUAGCCAAAGAUCUUUUCCUUUAUAGCUCUGGUCUCUUCCCUUUACUCACCAAUGCUGCCAUGUCUGUGAAGCCUGUGCUGCUGGGUCUCUAUGAGAUCUACUACCUGCCUCUUGGGAAGACGCUAAAGCCCGGCCUACAGGGUCUCCUCACUGGGGUGUUGCCUGGCCUUGAGGAGGGUUCUGAGUACUAUGACAGAACCAACACCCUGUUGGAGAAGGUGGCAGCAGCAGUGGAACAUUCGGCAUUUUACAGUGCCCUAUGGGGUAGCAUCCUGACCAGCCCUGCUGUGCGUCUCCCAGGGGUCACCUUUGUCCUGCUGCACCUCAACCGCAAGCUCUCCAUGGAGGACCAGCUCUACGUCAUAGGCAGUGACAUCGAACUCAUGGUUGAGGCUGUCAGUACGUCAGUCCAGGAUUCAAGUGUACUCGUGCAAAGAAGCACUUUGGACUUAAUUCUUUUCUGCUUUCCUUUCCACAUGAGCCAGGCCACUCGCCCUGACAUGAUAAGGAUCCUGUCAGCUGCUUUGCAUGUGGUUUUGAGAAGAGACAUGUCGCUGAACCGCAGACUCUACGCCUGGCUGCUGGGGUUUGACAACAAUGGGGUGAAAACAGGCCCCCGGAGCACUCGACAGAGCAACCCAGAAGAGCAUGCCAGUCACUAUUUCAACACCUUCUCAAAAGACAUGCUUGUCCAGGCAAUGGUGGGGAUAUUGCAGGGCAAAGCACGAGGUGGGGAAGAGGAAAGUGUUCUCAUGCACGACCUCAAGCCAUUUCGCAUCCUCAUCAGUCUACUGGAUAAACCAGAGCUCGGCCCUGCAAUCUUAGAGGAUGUUCUGAUUGAGGUGUUUCGUACUCUACACACACAAUGCAGAACAGAAUUAGACCUCCAAAGCCAUGGUCCAUUCACCAAGGACCACACACACCUUAGCAGUAAACUCAGAGAGAAUAAGAAGACAGCAGAAUUGAUAAAAACAGCAAAUCUACUGUUCAACUCUUUCGAGCCAUACUACAUGUGGGACUACAUUGCUCGCUGGUUUGAAGAGUGCUGCAGGAGGACACUGAAUGCAUGUACAAACAUUCCAAGGCAUGCUGGGAGUUUAGAUACCCCAGACCUUUCCUUGAUUGAGUUCUGUCAGCUGGUGGAUUUCCUGCUGGACAUUGUUUCCUUGCCUACUAGAAGCAUGAGGGUAAUCUGCCAGGAGACCUAUAUUGAGAUCCAGACAGAGCAUCUUCCUCAGCUGUUGUUGCGCAUGGUAGCAGCACUGACCUGUCACCUGCAGACCUUGGGUUUCGGAGAGCUCACUUACUGCCUGCGCCUCUGCUCUAAGAUCCUGAGCAAAGUACAGCCGCCAUUGGUGUCCCCUCUGGCUCUUCCCACUGCCCCCCAAACACAUGGCUUUUCCAGCUCCCCUGGCAACUCUUCUGACUCUACCAAAGAAAGCAACACAGACAAUAGAAAUCUUCCUUUACCUCUGCAAACAUCUACAAGUGGGGACUUGAGCAAAGACGGAGAACAUGCUCUCAGUUGUCACUCUUCUGAAAGUGGCUUCACAGACUAUAUCCAGUACCAAGAAAAUGGGCCAGACACAGAAGGUCCACCUCACUCAGCGCUUAAAACAGGCCGUCGCUCCUCUGUUCCAUCUCAGGCUAAACCUCUGGACAAACCAGUCAUGCAGUGCUGCUUGGAACACUUUCAACAAUUUCUCUCCAGACUCAUUACCUUGCAUCUAACUUCAGAGAAUGUGGACAAAGAUGAGAAGGACAGAGGCGAGGUGCUACAGUCAGCAAGCCUGGUAUUAGAGAGCACUGAACACAAUGGUCGAAUAGACCGGACCAAGUUAUGCUCACAGACUGGGAUGGCACAGAAAGAGUGUGUUGCUGCUUUUACUGCUGCCUGCCAGCUCUUUUUGGAAUGUUCCAGUUUUCCUGUCUACAUUGCUGAAGGAAAUGUGAAGGCCUCACCAACACAGGAGGAACAAUACAGCGAGUGGGUGUGCUUGCCAAUGUGGCUGCAAAAGCUGAUGGAUGCCUCUUGCUUGGCCAGCGACUUUUGUCUGCAAGGUGUGGCCAUUUCUCUACUAAUGGACCUGGUGGGACUCACCCAGUCCGUCGCUAUGGUGACAGCUAAGAGUGGAGCAGAUAACGGCAGCUCAGAGGCUGCUCAGCUCAUGAGCCCCAGCCAAGGUCGAGUGGCUGUUGUCAUCAGGCCCCCACUGACUCAGGGAAUCCUUCAGUACAUCGCGAACAAAACAGACGUCUUCAAGAAUGUAGCGCUGAUACUGUGGGACCAAUUGAGUGAAGGAACGCCUCAGCAUCAUCAACGCAGUGUGGAGCUCUUCUACCAGCUCCACAAUUUGGUACCUUCAUCCAGCAUCUGUGAGGAUGUUAUCAGCCAACAGCUCAUGCACCGAGACAAGAAAAUUCGGUUAGAAGCGCAUGUGAAGUUUUCUGUCCUUUGGCAUCUGACACGAGAUUUGAACAUCACCAAGUCUUCUCCUUUUAACCGCACAUUUGACAGAUCUCUUUUCAUCAUGUUAGACAGUUUGAGUUACUGGGAUCCCUGUACCAGUUCAGUUGGCCGGGCUUGGCUCAAUCAGGUCCUUCAAAGACAUGACAUUGCUCGGGUACUCGAGCCCCUUCUUCUACUGCUCCUGCACCCAAAAACCCAUAGAGUUUCCAUUCAAAAGGUACAAGCCCAGCGCCACUGGACCCCUGUUUUUCCCGGUCUGCCCGAACAAGAGCCAUCAGAACCUAUCUACAUCAGAGAUUCUGGCUUUUCUGACAAUCUCAGUCACAUGCAAAUGGAUAAGAUGGCACAGAGGGAUUUCCAAGGUCUUGAUGUGGGUGACAUGGAGCCUUUCUCUCUCACUGUUAACCCUCUGAGUGACAGUCUGUCUAUACUAAGCCUGAGUAGUGAGAAUCUACACCUAACCGGUGAAUUUCAGCCUGCUGACCAGCAGGGGGAGCCCCAUCCUUCUGAAUCAACUGGUUCUCGUUCAUCUCCAGUGGAGAAUGGAAGCUUUGAGGAGCCCGAGGUUGUAAACAGCACUGCCAAUAGUUCAGACCAGCAGCCUGCUUCUUCAGAUGAACUGUCUGAAGACUCUUUGGAGGAAACAGUAUCCUCAGUUGUAAAUGAGCUAAUAGAGAAAGUUCUACAUUUAUUAGCUAAAGAGUCUUCUGAAGUCCCAAUUCAGUCUGAAAACUGGCCUCAGACAGACUCAGAAAGUACUUCCUCAGAUACUUCUUUCGGUCCCCAUCUUGACUCUGUACAUCCUCAUAGCUCCAACCACCAGACUUUACCAGAGAUGCUCGCUGAAGGAACACUGGAGUUCCUCUGUGUCACUUCAACAGAUGUAGUGAAAGAGGAGCAGCCCCGAGAGGGCAUCACACGCCACAGUUCCUCACCUUCCAUUGUCACAUUACCCGACAACUCAGAGCUAGCCAUUUCAGACCAAAACCUGCGGGUAGAUGACACUCAGGCACGCAAACGUAGCCACAGCAGCACUCAGCUAAGCCUUAAAGGGAAAAUCCUGGAGAAGUUGUCGGACAAAUCCCCAGGAGCUAAGCCCAAAAUCAAAAAAUCAAAAAGAAAAGCGGAGCAGAGAAAGGCUGCAAUGCAGGCUGACAAAACACAACCACCUAGUAUUUUCUUUGGGGACAGCCUGGAUCUAGAGAACUGGUAUAGCUGUGGGGAAGGUGAGGUGUCAGAGAUUGAAAGUGACAUCGGCUCACCCAGUGGAUGUUCAGGUGGGACUGUUGGAGGUGUUAGUGGCGCAGGGCGUAGAUCGUCUUCUGCCUCACCUCGCUUCAAUAUCCAUCCUCUCUACCAGCAUGUUCUUCUAUACCUCCAGUUAUAUGAUUCCUCCAGGGCCCUGCAUGCCCUGUCGGCAGUUGCAGCCAUGCUCAGGGCUGCUCCCUCAGGUUUUGUCAGUGCUAUCUCUACCACCAGCAUUAACAACACCUACACCCCACAGUUGUCUUUACUCCAAAACCUCCUAGCUCGUCAUAGAGUGUCAGUCAUGGGCAAAGACUUCUACUGCCCCAUCCCUCAGGACUCCCACUCGCACUCUUUCCGCAGUGCCAUGUAUCUGGAGAUCAUCAUAUCUCUUUGCCUCUACUUCCUUAGGAGCUAUUACUCUGCCCAUGUGGCAGCAGGCCUUCAGGACUUGGCGGGAAAUCGGGCCAUGCAGCUCACCAGUAUAGAGGUCCUAACUCUUCUCUUCAACGAGCUAUCCAAAGUCACAGGGGGCUCAGCGAAGGGCUUUGCUAGUUUUAUCUCUGAUGUCCUGUCUAAGUGCAAAGUUCAAAAGGUUGUUCUCCACUGCCUGCUCUCCUCCAUAUUCAGUGCCCAAAAAUGGCAUGACCAAAGGGUGGCCGGUAUAAACAUAACCACAGUAGAGGAAGGUCUUUCAGAGGACAGUGUUAUCAACUUAUCAGAAGACCAGAUGGAUGGCGGUAGUGCUGUCCAGUCCCAGUUACUCCGACUGCUGCAGAGCCUAGUUGUACUCGAACACAGAGUUCUGUUGCCAGCUGAAGAAGGAGAACCUGCAGUAGGAGGAACAGGUGGUGUAGGAGCAGGCUGUGGCACCGGGCCUGGAUUCGAGAUCUUAGGUGGAGAAGUGGAGCAUGUCAAUCCUCAGCAGCCAAUGACAUCACUCCAGUAUCUUCAUGGACAGCCCAUCACAGCACAGGGCAUGUUUUUGUGUGCCGUAAUCAGGGCGUUGCAUCAACACCAUGCAUGUAAGAUGCACCCUCAAUGGAUUGGACUCAUCACAGCCACACUGCCAUACAUGAGGAGAGUCCUAAGAAGGGUGGUUGCCUCAGUGACCCUGCAGCUGUGCAGAAACCUGGACAAUCUACUUCACCAGUACCGCUAUGAGACUGGAAUUAGCAACACCAGACCUCAGUGGAUGGCUCUCUGCAUUCCCCCUGACUUGAUACUGACUGUGCUGGAAGGCAUCACUGCCAUCAUCCAUUAUUGUCUGCUUGAUCCCACUUCCCAGUACCACCAGUUACAAGUGAGUGUUGACCAGAAGCACCUGGCAGAGGCUCGUUCAGGCAUCCUCUCCAUUCUCCACACCAUCAUGUCCUCUGUCACACUAUUAUGGAGUGUCCUCCACCAUGCUGACAACUCUGACAAGCCAGCUGCUGCUUCCGCCGCUUCCACUUCCAACAUCAACCUGGGCUCCACAAAGAAAAUCCGUCAGCAAAUCCUUGAGCUGCUUGGCCCAAUUUCCAUGAACCAUGGCGCACACUUCAUGGCAGCCAUUGCCUAUGUUUGGAAUGAGCGGAAACAGGUCAAGACUCCAGUCAGAAAUAAAGUAAUUCCACUAGCCAGUGAAGAACAGCUGUUGCUGGUUGAGCUGGUUCGCUCAGUAAGUGCAAUGCGUACUGAGACCGUAAUGCUUACAGUUAAAGAGGUUCUGAAGCAGCCGCCAGCCAUUGCAAAAGAUAAGAAACACCUUUCUUUGGAGGUCUGCAUGCUGCAGUUCUUCUAUGCAUAUGUCCAGAGGAUCCCAGUGUCCACAUUGGUUGAUAGCUGGCCGUCCCUACUGGCGCUUUUGAAGGACUCAGUUCAGUUAGGCCUGCCUGCUCCAGGACAGUUUUUAAUACUUGGUGUUUUGAAUGAAUUCAUUUUGAAGAACCCCAAUCUGGAAAAUAAGAAGGACCAGCGAGAGCUCCAGGAUGUAACGCAUAAAGUUGUGGAGGCCAUUGGGACAAUUGCAGGUUCCUCUUUGGAGCAAACUACAUGGCUGAGAAGAAACUUGGAGGUGAAGGCCUCUCCUCAAAUAGUUGUGGAAGGAACAAACCUUGAGGCAGAUGCUGAAGAUUUAAUGCUCACAGUAAUGGAGGCAUCCAAUUUCACUCCAUCCGUCUACAGCGUUCAUGCCCUCACACUUCUGUCUGAGGUGCUGGCUCACUUGCUGGACAUGGUGUUCUACAGUGAUGAGAAGGAACGGGUCAUACCAUUGCUGGUCAAUAUCAUGCAUUAUGUAGUGCCAUACCUACGCAACCACAGCGCUCACAAUGCUCCCAGCUACCGGGCCUGCAUCCAGCUGUUGAGCAGUCUUAGUGGGUACCAGUACACACGCAGAGCUUGGAAGAAGGAGGCCUUUGACCUCUUUAUGGACCACACCUUCUUCCAGAUGGAUUCAUCCUGUGUCAGCUACUGGAGGGCAAUCAUUGACCAUUUGAUGACACAUGACAAGACCACCUUCAGAGACCUCAUGACCCGAGUGGCUGUCGCCCAGAGCAGCUCCCUCAGCCUAUUUACUAAUAGAGAUGCUGAGCUUGAACAGAGGGCCAUGUUACUCAAGCGCCUGGCCUUUACCAUUUACAGUAGUGAAGUGGACCAGUACCAGAAAUAUCUCCCUGACAUACAAGAGCGCCUGGCAGAGAGCCUGCGUCUGCCUCAGGUGCCCAUCCUCCACGCUCAGGUGUUCCUAUUCUUCAGGGUGCUGCUGCUGCGCAUGUCGCCUCAACACCUCACCUCCCUGUGGCCCACCAUGAUCACCGAACUGGUUCAGGUGUUCUUAUUAAUGGAGCAGGAGCUGCUGGCAGAUGAGGACAUAUCAAGGACGUCAGGGCCCUCUGUGGCUGGCUUAGAGACCACCUAUUCCGGAGGAAACGGCUUCUCAACCUCCUACAACAGCCAGCGCUGGCUCAACCUCUAUUUGUCGGCCUGCAAGCUGCUAGACUUGGCCUUAGCCCUACCGCCUGAGAGCCUGCCCCAGUUCCAGAUGUACCGCUGGGCCUUCAUCCCUGAAGCCUCAGACGAUUCAGGAUUGGAGGUCAGACGUCAGGGUACUCACCAGCGGGAGUUUAAACCCUACGUAGUACGACUAGCCAAGCUGUUGAGAAAACGAGCUAAGAAAAAUCCAGAUGAGGACUGCUCCACCCGAACCCUCUCCUGGGAGCCAGGCCACCUGAUGCUAACCCUGUACGUUAUCCGCAGCAUGGAACAGCUGCUACCCUUUUUCAAUCUGCUCAGCCAGGUGUUUAACAGCAAAUCCAGUAGCCGCGCCAGUCCCGCCUACACCCACAAUCCUGCAGAUAGCGCUUUCCCCGGCCACAAGGAGGGCCACAAGCUAGAGAGCCAGAAGGUGUUCUGGAGUCGAGCUCGACAGAACAUUGAGGAAAUGGUGGAAAAAGACUUUCUUGAAGGUCUUAUCAAGACGUGAGAACAAAAGCAUUCACACACCCACUGAUCAGCACUAGUGACAAACCUCAACUUGUACAUCACCAUUGGAAUACAAAUGAGGGAAAAUAAUUUGUAAAUUUUUUUUGUAUUUAUAAUUAUUUUACUUUUCAAAAGCUAUUUGGUUUUAAUUAUCUGUAUAUACUGAAACAGCCUUGAUGGUUGACUUUUAAUAUUUCAUGUUAGUCCUGCCGGACCAAUGUAAUGAUGCUGUGCCAUUCCAUAUUGACGUGACUUAAUAAAGAAAGGGUC